AUGGCUGAACAAGAGGUUGAUCUCCUCAAUAGGGAUCCAAAUGGACUUAAUGAGCACGCACAGAUCGCUUUUGAAGAUGUCCUCGGUGAGCCAGAAGGUUCCCAUAGCAUCGACUGUGUCUGGACCAACAGUUACAAGUGCUUUACAUGCGGAAAGAACUGUUGCUACAAGUUCAUGACAACUUUGUGCGGUAUCUGUAUCGGUCUGUACUGGGGAUGUGAGUUCGCCAUAAUCACCUUCAAUGCUGUCUGGUGCUGUACACCUACUCUUAAAGCCUAUGGCAUUGUCUGUGGAAUUGUUCAAAAGUUCUUCGGUACAUGCGUCACCUGCUGUUUGGCUCCUCUCUGCGAAACAUUUGGAUUAAUAUUCAGCAAGAUUCAAAUGACGAAGUCUUAA